UUAAUUGUUUUGGUCGCUGAUUUUGUUAUUUAUUAUUCUUUUAAGAUACCUACAUAUGUAUUUGUAUCUAGAAUGCAAUUUAACUAAUAAAUUAUAAACGCAGUAAAAUAUAGGUUUUAAUAUUAGGAACAAAAUGACUUGGAACAGCUGUCGCACCUGUUUAAGCGUCCAGAAUUUAAAUCCAAUAUUCCCUAUGCCGGAACACCACGAAAAAUAUACAAAUGUGAUAUUAUACACCACAGGAGUUAAGGUGGAACUGAACGAUGAGUAUCCACAAGUAAUGUGUACAUCGUGCAUACAACUGAUAAAUGAUUCAUACAAGUUCCGGAAGAAGUGUGAGCAGACGCAGCAGAUACUCCAGAGCAGCACCCACACACGAGACGGUGUAGUUAAAACUGAAAUGCAGUCACAGAACGAUGCCACAUACACUUUUAUUGAUAUUUCGGAUUUAAUAAUUGAUUUGGACACGACAAAUGCCAACGAAGAUGAAACAAAUACUAGUAUAGAAGAAGAAAAAAAGUUAAAUAAGAAAAAGGAGAAAGUUAAAAAGAAAGAGAAGAAGGAUGUGAAAGUGAAAGAGAAGAUAGAGUGUGAACAUUGUCACAAGAUAUUAACUUCCAAACUGUCACUGCGGAAUCAUUAUAAAAUACACACCGGGUUUGAUGUGGUCUGCGAGCACUGCGGUAAAAAGUUCAUAACGCGGAGGCUGCUGCUGAUGCACUGCCGGGCCAAGCACGGCUACGAGAAGACGGACAAGUGCUCCUACUGCGACUACCGGGCCUCCAACGCCGAGCAGGUCAAAAUCCACGAGCGGCUGCACACCGGGGAGCGCCCGUUCGUGUGCGCGCAGUGCGGCGCCGCCUUCCACCGGCGGAGCACCCACCUGCAGCACGUCGCCACGCACCUGCCCGACCGCCCCGUGCCCUGCCCGCACUGCCCCGCGCGCUUCCAGACCACCACCCUCAUGCGCAUCCACCGCAGCCGCCACGCCGCCCCGCCCGCGCGCUGGCGCUGCGCCCUGUGCGAGGGGCGCUUCGCCCGCCGCCGCACCGCCCUGCGACACCUGCUGCGGGCGCACGCGCUGCAGGACCCCGCGCUGCUGCACAAGGACACCGCGCCCUGACCCCCCCACCACACUCACUCAAUCAACAAUCUUGCGGUAGACAGCGGCUUAGCUCUGCCCCUGGCAUUGCUGAAGUCCAUGGACGACGGUAAACACUCACCAUCAGGUGGGCCGUAUGAUCGUCUGCCUACAAGGGCAAUAAAAAAUAAUCAUUUCUUUUUAAUUUAAUUAGGUACAUUGAAAACCAUUCCGAGGAUUAUGUUAAUUAAUUACAAAGUAUACAUUUUUAAGGAAAAAUAUAUUUUAAUUACCAAUAUUUUUAAUCAGUCAUGUUUGAUCUUUGUUUGUCCUCCAUUGCCAUGGUUGGCUG